UGCGGAGUUGUUCCUCUGAACACAAGAAUAGUGGGUGGGGAGAGUGCCUCUGCUGGGUCAUGGCCGUGGCAGGUGAGUAUACAUGUCAACAGACACAUCUGUGGAGGGACCCUCAUCAGUAACCAGUGGGUGCUCACCGGGGCUCACUGCAUUGUGAUAAACUCACUAAGUGGAUGGACUCUUUACUUGGGACGAGAGACUCAGGCUGGCCCUAAUACCAAUGAGAUUUUACGAGGCGUCUCCCAGGUCAUAGUUCAUCCUGACUACAACGACACACUAUUCAGCAAUGACAUUGCCUUGGUGAAGCUGAACAGCCCUGUGACUAGCAGCAGCCAGAUCUUCAGCUCCACCUCCUGCUGGGCCACCGGCUGGGGCAAGCUCAGACUGAACGAGUCCUUGCCGGCCUCUCAGGCACUGCAGCAGGUUCAGAUUCCCGUCGUUGGAAACAGGCAGUGCAGCUGCAAUUACAGCCCAGUUUUAAAAGUAACCAUCACAAACGGCAUGAUUUGUGCGGGACAAGAAAACAAAGGAACAUGUCAGGGGGACUCUGGAGGACCUUUGCAAUGUCGGCAAGGCUCAUCGUGGAUCCAGGCUGGCAUCACGAGCUUUGGGGUGCCUUGCGCUUUGGCUGGCUUUCCUGAGGUUUACGCCAGAGUGUCGCAGUUUCAAACUUGGAUCACAAAUCAAGUGGCUGGAGCGCAGAUUAGCUUUGUGACACUCAAUUCACCUGACACUGACCCAGAUGGCAGCUUUGUGUGUACCAACACAAACUCUGGACAUUCAACUGAGAUUACUGCUGAGUUUGCGUUUGUCAUCUUUCUGAUGACGUUUCUUUAUCAAACUAUCACU